UUCCGCCCCUGCCGAGACGGCGGCGCAGAGAGACACAACCGACCCGACCAAAGCGCCCGGGGAAACCCUAGGACGAGGAGAAGGCGCGCGCGCAGCCAUGGCCAAGGGCCGCAACAAGAACAAGUCCAAGAAUGGCGCCGGCACCGCCGCCAUGGACACCUCCGAGGGCGCGCCCGCUGCAUCCACCGCGGCAGAAGCCCCACAACCGAUGGAUACGUCCGAGGGGAAGCAGGCGUCCUCUUCAUCGGCUGCCCUCAGUUCGAUCAACAGGAAAAUAAAAAAGGGCGUGCAACCUAAAAGGACCAAAAAUGUGAGGAAAAUGAAAGCAGUUGCCAGGGCCAUCUCUAAAACUGAGAAGUCCGAGGAGAAGGUCCUGAAAGCAAAAAGCAAGAAGUCAAGGAUUCAGUCUGCCAAGUCUUUGUAUGAUUAAAAUUUCAGUGGUUAGCAUAAUUUUGUGUACAAGUAUAUUUCCACCUGUAGAUCAACCAAAUCUAUGUGUUUCAAGAAAACCUGCUUUGCCUCUAAAGAUUGCCACUAGCGGCUUCUUUACAACGCUUAAGAGAUGACAUGUGAUGACGCCUGGUAUUGGUUAGUACAGUAGGAAUGAUGGGGUUUUUCAUCACAUUCUUUGAUAUCAAUCAUCGCAAAGUUGGAAGGUAAA